AUUAAUUCUGAAAAUGGGCAAAGCUAUCAAGGGAACUGUCCUGAUUACCAAGGCUGGAAGCACAGAUGCUUAUCCGCUGCGCCUAGGCUCCAACAUAAUUGCAUUAGAUAAAUCCGAUUAUUAUCAAAUCCCAGAGUAUGGACUUAAAGUUACAUUCGAUGAGGAAGAUGAGAUCGAGCUCGAAGUUCUGAACACGCAUUAUCAAGCUCAAGAAAUGCAGUUCCAGAGAUUACGGCCUGAUGGUGCCACUCGCAUCAUCAGGCCCGGAAGAGUGUUUCUCGUUGAAAGUGGGGAUCAGUUUACAUACUCAGGCAAUGAAAUUAAAUUUGAAAUAAGACAUUUGAAUAUUCAAUCGCCAGAGGAACCGAAGGCUACCCCUGUGAAGGAGAGUAUAAACGGGUCUGAGUUAUCUUUAUUGGGAAGCCUGAUUAAAACUCCUCCUCCUAGAGUAAAAAAACAGCCCAAGAUGGAACUUCCAAAAAAGGAAAAGAAAGAACUUGAGGAAAAUAAGGAUGAUGUAUUGGAGGCGCCAACUCAAGUCAGGCCAGGAAUUUUAAAGAAAUCUCAUGAAAAGAAGCCAGAAGAGCCACAGAAAGAAAAUAAAGACAGACUCUCUAAAGAAGAUCUUGUUGACUUUUUAAAUGAAGAGACUCUGGUAAUGCCAAGUAGAGCUUUAAACCCGAAGGAAAUUUAAAAAACAAAAGAAAGUUGGAUUCGCUAGGAGCGACUCCGAAUCCGACAAAAGUCAAAAGGCACCAAGAGAAGAAUCGAAUGAAGAAUGCAAAGAAGCAUCCAUCGAAGAGAAGAAAGACUCUAAAGAGCUUAAGAAACCAGAGCAGUCAUUCUCUGCUACGAAUGCACCUACUCAGCUUGUAAAAGCUGCACCACUUCAGAAGAAACGAUCACCAAAGAAGAAUGAUGUUGAUUCAGACUCUGAUGAUCUUCUAAGCAGUGUCUUGCAAGGUCCCACACAAGUAGUGGAGUAUUCUUUGAAGGCAUCAAAAGGCGACCGCCAGCCUUCCCAAUCCCCACCAGUCGAUCCAGAACAAAUCCAAAAAUCUCAAGAAGAGAAAUCGCCCAAAAAGCCAAAACCUUCCAAAGCCCGCACAAAGCCUCAAGAAGAGAACAAGAAAGAAGGAAGGGUCCUUCCUUCCUACUUCGGGGAGGGCUCAGAACCUCUUGUACAGAGGAAGAAGAGGUAUGAAGAUUUGUUAGUGGAAAGUGAGCAAGAAUAUGAAUCAGAUGGUGACUAUGACUCAGGGGACACAGAGGAAGUGAAAGAAGUACCAAAGAAGAGAAGAGGAGGGAGAAGGAAGAAUGUAAAAUCUUCGAAGAGAUCUCCAAAUCCAGCUAGAAAAGCGAAAAGAGUCAAGAAGAAGGAACCUGAAGAUGCAAAUAAACUUAUAAUCAUUGGUAAGAGACCAAGGAGGAAGCCAAAGCACUUACUUGAUUAA